AUGGUCGAAACCCUCCUGGAGCUUCGCUCCAUCUCGAAAAACUUCGGCGCCGUGCAGGCGCUCAGGGAGCUGAGCCUCGAGGUUCCGCGUGGCUCGCUGAUCGUGCUCCUGGGCCCGGCCGGGGCAGGCAAGACCACCACCUUGCGGAUCGUCGCAGGGCUCGAGGCGCCGACCUCGGGCGAGGUAUGGGUCGAGGGUCAGAAUUUCACCAAGCUGCAGCCCAACCGGCGCGACAUCGCGAUGAUCUUCGACAAUCUCGCGCUCUACCCCAACAAGACGGGGUAUGAGAACGUCGCCUCCCCGCUCAGGCUCGCCAGGAUGCCGAAAGCCGACAUCAAGAAGCGGGUCGACGAGAUCGCGGGGCUGCUCAAGAUCGGGCACAUUCUCGGCCGCCUGCCCGCGACCUUCAGCGGCGGCGAGCGGCAGCGUGUCGCUCUCGGCCGCGCCAUGGUGCGCGAGCCGCGCUUCUAUCUGCUCGACGAGCCGCUUUCGAGCCUCGACUUCAUGCUCCGCAUCGAGCUCAGGACCGAGCUGAAGCGCCUGCAACGCGACCUCGGCCGCACCUUCGUCUUUGCGACGCCCGACUACACCGAGGCGCUGGCGCUUGCGGACACCGUCUGCGUCUUGCUGGAAGGCGAGGUGCGGCAGAUUGCCAAGGCGCAGGAGCUCUACGACGAGCCGGCCGACCGCGACGUGGCCCGCUUCGUCGGCAACCCCAAGAUCAAUAUCGUGCCCGGGCGGCUCUCGCGCGAGAACGGUCAGGCCAGCCUCACCAUCGGCUCGAUGGUGCUGCCUCUACCCGACCGUAUGGAGCACGGGCUGCCGGCGAACUUGAGCGAGGUCGAGGUGGGGCUCCGCCCCGAGCACGUCCGAAUCGUGGCCUCGGCGACCGAGGAAACGCACCGCACAGGAUUUGUCAACGACCUCGAGCCGCUCGGCGUGCACACGACAGUCGGUAUCGACCUGGCGGGGAUCAACCUGGCGUUGACCGUAGCCGGCGUGCAGGAGUUCAAUGACGGCGACCGGGUCGACGUGCAACUCGAUACCGAGACCCUGCUAUUCUUCGACCCGAUCUCAGGGCGUCGGGUCGGAAACUAG